UUAAGCCUUAUUACUAAAACCAACUCAAGAAGCUCUUCACCGAUCUUAUUUGAUCUUUAAGUAUUCACCAAACCCUAACGUAAACAAGCAUGGGCUUUGCAAGCUUCACUGAUGAGUACACUUCCCCUAUUGCUCCAUCAAGGCUCUUCAAGGCCUCCAUCGUCGACUCUCACAAUUUGAUUCCAAAGCUCUUGCCCCAGGGUAUCAAGAGCAUUGAACAUAUUCAAGGUGAUGGAGGAGCCGGAAGCAUCAAGCAAAUCAACUUCAUUGAUGGUCGCACUUUUAAUAGUGUGAAGUACCACAUUGACGAGCUUAGUGAAGACAAGUACAAGUACAACUAUACACUGUUGGAAGGCGAUGCCUUGGUGGAAAAUCUUGAAAAAAUAACUUACGAGGUUAAGUUUGAGUCGUCUCCUAGUGGCGGUACCAUCUCUAAGGUAACAAGCAAGUAUUAUACUAAAGGAGAAUUCAUGCUUAAGGAAGACGAUAUCAAGGCGGGCAAGGAAAAGGUUCUAUCCAUGUACAAAGUUGUCGAAGCCUAUCUCAUCCAAAACCCUGAUGCCUAUGUCUAG